UCACAAACACAAGUACAUAUAGCAACUAUGCAUUUAAAAAUACUAAUUGCAGUUGCAACUAUUGCAGUUUUGGGGUCAGCAAAUGCUCAAGACUACCCGAAUUGUAGAAGUUCAUGUGGCAAUAUGGACAUUAGUUUCCCGUUUGGUUCAGGUAAGGGAUGCUACUACAGUUCCGAUUUCCUCGUGACAUGUAACGAGUCAUCUGGGGAACCAAUACCAUUCUUUGGAAAAAGCAAUAUUGUUAUCUCGAAUAUCUCUAUAAUUAAGAAUGAGCUUGAAAUUAUGGCGUUUGUAGGCCAUGAUUGCUAUAAUAGUGAUGGCCGAGUCAAAAGUAGCCGACCAUUGUUUACUUUGGGUUACUUGAGGGAGUUCCAGGUCUCCACCAAGAACAAAUUUGUAGCCAUCGGGUGUGACACGUAUGCAUAUUUUAGUGGAGGAAGAGGGAAUGAGUCUGGUAUUGGUACCGGGUGUAUUUCUAUAUGUGGUAGAGACAACGUUAUUAAUAACGGAUCUUGCUCGGGAGUUGGGUGUUGUGAAGUAGCAGUGCCAGAAAGAGUGCAUUCUUUUAAUUUGACUCUUAGUAGCUGGAAUAACCAUUCGAAUAUGUUGGACUUCAACCCAUGUAGCUAUGGCUUUCUUGUUGAAAAAGGGAAGUUUAACUUCUCUACGACUAACCUGGCUAAUUUUAAAAGUGAAAAGAUGCCAAUGUUACUAGAUUGGGCAAUUGGAGACAAGACUUGUGGCGAAGCAAAUGACAAUUAUAACUUCUUAUGCAAGGGAAAUAGCACAUGUGAUCAAAGUUAUCAAGGUCCCGGAUAUCGUUGCCAUUGCGUUGACGGUUAUGAUGGCAACCCUUAUGUUACAGAUGCCAAUGGCUGCAUGGAUGUUAACGAGUGUGAUCGCGGAUAUCAUGAUUGCCACCAUGAUGCUCAUUGUGUUAAUAUACCUGGAAAUUACACGUGUGAGUGUAAAGAUGGUUACUCCGGUAAUGGUUGGAAGAAUGGAACAGGUUGCACCGCUGAUGAAUCCACCGUUAUAAAGAUGGGUGUAGGUAUCUCAACUUCUGCAAUAUUUCUCCUUAUAUUUAUCACCUGGUUGUACUUGUUACACAAGAAGCGAAAGCUCAUGACGAUGAGAGAAAAAUUCUUUAAACAAAAUGGUGGAAUAAUGUUGCAGCAAAGAAUAUCUGGAGAUGGGGGUUCUCAUGAUCAGGCAAGAGUCUUCACGAUAGAGGAGCUAAAGAAGGCAACUAAUAAUUAUGAUGAGAGCAGGAUUAUCGGAAAGGGUGGCUAUGGUACUGUUUAUAAAGGGGUUCUUUCUGAUAACAUAGAAGUUGCAAUAAAGAAGUCAAAAUUAGCAGACCAAACACAAACUCAGAUAGAGCAAUUUGUCAAUGAAGUGGUUAUCCUCUCCCAAAUAAAUCAUAGGAAUGUGGUAAAGCUGAUUGGGUGCUGUCUCGAAACAGAAAUCCCGUUAUUGGUUUAUGAGUUCAUUCCAAAUGGCACACUUUCUGAUCACAUCCACAACGUCAAAGGCAAGUCGUCAGCUUUUACAUGGGACAUCCGACUCAGAAUAGCAACGGAGACAGCCGAAGCACUUUCAUACUUGCACUCUUCAGCGUCUGUUCCAAUCAUCCAUCGAGAUGUCAAGCCAAUGAAUAUACUUUUGGAUGAAAACUAUGUAGCAAAAGUGGCUGAUUUUGGAGCAUCUAAGCUAAUUCCUAUUGAUCAGAUAGAGUUGGCCACUAUAGUGCAAGGAACACUAGGCUACCUAGAUCCAGAGUAUCUACAGACAAAUCAACUCACAGAUAAGAGCGAUGUUUAUAGUUUUGGGGUGGUACUGGUGGAACUUUUAACUGGAAAAAAGGCUCUUAGCUUUGAUAGGCCAGAGGAAGAGAGGAACCUAGCUAUUUAUUUUCUAUAUUCCUUAAAAGAGGGGAGACUCUUCCAGGUUCUUGAUGAACACUUGCAGCUAAAUGAUGUUCCAAGCGAGAUCAUCCAAGUUUCAAGACUGGCAGAAAGAUGCUUACGCAUUAAAGCCGACGAAAGGCCUAGCAUGAAGGAAGUAGCAAUCGAGCUCCAAGGAAUAUUGGCAUCUAUGGUACAAAAUCAUCCAUGGGUACAAAAUUGUUUAAACGAAGGUGAUGGUGAGUAUUUGCUCAAAGAACUAACCAAGGACUAUGAAUGUACAAAUGGAGGCUAUGUAAGCAAUGUAAGCUCAAGCACCUUUGAUAGCAUGAGCAAGCAUUCUAUCUUACCCAUUGCUAGUGGCAGGUGAAAGUAGAGACUUCUAUCUACCAUAGCUGGAAUAGGCUUGAUCUUGUAUAGUGGGGCAUGGUUUAGUCCUAUAUAUUGUAUUUACUUUGUAUAUGUAUUGGUUGUGAUCUCCUCUUUAUUUGUAUCCUAAUUUGUUGAGACUUGUAUUGUAUUUAUAUUCAUUUAUUUAGGGGAAUGGAAAUUAAGUGAGUUUGACGAACUAA